UAAACAAACAAAAUGCCCAAAACAUGAUGAAAAUAAUGGUGAAAAAACACUUAUAUUUGUCUAAUCUGUGAACACAAUACAAAAGUGGGAGGAAUCUAAAAGUCAUUCCUUGGCAGUUGAUCAUCAGCCGAAUAUUUGUUUGCGUUAUCUUAUCGCGGUCAGCUGUUGGCUCACACAUGCACAUGUGCUGUUUGGAGGGUGGGGUGGUGCUACCAGCUUUAAAUUGUUUAAGUAAUAGCAUGCAAUUUUGUAGCAUAUCGUCAGUCGCCCGCGUGAAGUGAGCUAACGAGCAUUGCAUUUUGAUCCGGUCGUUUGCCUCUCGCAAUCAUGUCUUCCAACAUCCAGCAUCGUGUACUCUCGAUCCAAAGUCAUGUCGUGCAUGGACAUGUUGGUAACAAGAGCGCGGUAUUUCCGAUGCAGGUGCUUGGUUUUGAAGUGGAUCCAAUAAAUUCGGUGCAGUUCUCCAAUCACACCGGUUAUAAGCAGGGCUUCAAGGGACAAGUGCUGAACGAGAAGGAACUGGCGGAAGUUUACUCCGGACUGGUGGAUAAUGACUUGCACAAACUCUACACCCAUCUCCUCACCGGGUAUGUCGGAAACCCGACGUUCCUUCGCGAAAUCGCAAACAUUCUCAAGUCGCUGCGUGCGGUCAACGAGAAGCUCGUCUAUGUGUGCGACCCGGUGAUGGGAGACGACGGAAUCAUGUACGUUCCGAAGGAAUUGCUGCCAAUUUACCGAGACGAAAUUGUUCCACUCGCCGACAUUAUCACUCCGAACCAGUACGAGGUUGAACUGCUCACUGGCAAGCAAAUUAAAUCGGAGACAGACAUUUGGGAGGCGGUUCAAUGGUUCCACGAGAAAGGUGUUGAAACGGUGGCAAUAUCGUCGUCCGAGUUGGGAUCGAAGGAAACACUGCUUGCGUUCGUCAGCAAACGUGUAGCUUCCGGUACUGAACGGUUUCGGCUUGCCAUUCCGAAACAGGGCAACAAUAUUAUUCGCUUCACCGGCACAGGUGAUUUGUUCGCCUCGCUCUUUUUGGCUCACUCGACACUGACCAAUUAUGACAUGGGCGCCACGCUGGAACGAGUCAUUGCGUCCCUGCAGGCGGUCAUCACGAAAACGCUACACUACAUUCCGGAUGAGGUGCUCCAAGGCAAGGUGGCAGUAACUUCUCAGCAAAGGGAAUUGAAGUUGGUGCAAAGCAAGGACGAAAUCGAGCAUCCAAAGAUAACGCUGCGUUGUGAGCAUGUGUAACAUAUCACGUGGCGACAGUUAAUUGGUUUAAUUUUAAAAUGUGACACCGAACAAUAAGUUUUACAUGUUCUAUUUUGAAAAACUUUGUAACGCAUUCUUUAUUGAUAUAAAACAUUGUUUAUGUUAAAAGUUAAAAGUGUUUACCGAUAAUAGUUAUCAGUUGAAUCAUGGUAGGGCACUUCAUAGAGCACUUGAUAAACAUGCAGCAAUGUAACUGGAGAUAAGUAUUGCAAUGUACUCACUUAUUAAAUAUGCUCCUGGUAAGUAACCUUCCAUUUUUUUU